AUGUCUGCCAAGUUUCUGCUGAUCCUCGCCAUCGCCGCCACGGCCGCGGCCGCGCCCCAGCACGGCAAUGGCUACGGCCAUCAGCAGGACUACCACGAGAAGCGGCCGUACGCCUACGACUACGCCGUGCACGACCCGCACUACGGCGCCCAGUUCUCCAAGACGGAGCAUAGCAACGGCGACAACGUGGAGGGCCAGUACAGCGUCGUGCUGCCCGACGGCCGCACUCAGCAUGUCAAAUACUACGCCGACCACUACGGCGGCUACAACCACGGCAAUGGCUACGGCCAUCAGCAGGACUACCACGAGAAGCGGCCUUCUCCAAGACGGAGCAUAGGCAACGGCGACAACGUGGAGGGCCAGUACAGCGUCGUGCUGCCCGACGGCCGCACCCAGCAUGUCAAGUACUACGCCGACCGCUACGGCGGCUACAACGCUGACUUUCUGCUGAUCCUCGCCAUCGCCGCCACGGCCGCGGCCGCGCCCCAGCACGGCAAUGGCUACGGCCAUCAGCAGGACUACCACGAGAAGCGGCCGUAA